AUGAACUUAUCUCUAACGGAACUUAGCCUUUGGGAUUCGUUUCGCUCACAAAUCCCUUUACUCGCUAUAAUUGACCCGAGCGCUCUAGCGAAAAUGAUACGCAGCCUUCUUGACACUUACAAACACCAAGGGUGGCUACCAGACUGUCGCAUGAGUUUAUGCAAAGGCUUUACCCAGAGUGGAUCCAAUGCUGAUGUUGUGAUAGCUGAUGCGUAUGUGAAAAAUAUCACUGACAACAUCGACUGGGACCUUGCAUACGAAGCUGUUGUCAAAGAUGCUGAAGUUGAACCAUCGGAUUGGUCUGUUGAAGGGAGAGGAGGACUCAUGAGCUGGAAGUCUGUUGGUUAUAUUCCCGCACAAGACUAUGACUAUCUAGGAACCGGAAUCACAACACGCAGCAUCUCGCGAACAGUCGAAUACUCAUAUAACGAUUACUGUGUUGGAGUGUUAGGAAAAGGGCUAGGUAAAGAGAACGAGAAAUAUUUCCAGAGAUCUGGGAAUUGGCAAAACUUAUUCAAGGCAGACCAGACCUCAUUCAUAAAUGGGACGGAUACAGGGUUUGUUGGGUUCUUUCAGCCGAGAUACUACAAUGGCACAUGGGGCUAUCAAGACCCAAUACUCUGCAGUAAUAUUGCCGCCUUCUGUUCCCUCACCUCAAACUCACAGGAGACAUACGAGUCAGGCAUAUGGGAGAAUCAAUUUUUCGUUCCUCACGACAUGUCUACAUUAAUCACCCUUCUUGGUGGCCGUUCCAAGUUUGUUGCUCGUCUAGACUAUCUCCACGAUUCAAAAAUAUUAUAUAUUGGUAAUGAACCGUCCUUCCUGGCUACAUUCUUAUACCAUUAUGCUGGCCGUCCUGCCUUAUCCGCCAAACGCGCACAUACCUACAUUCCUUCUCUGUUCAAUGACACGACCACUGGAGUGCCUGGAAACGACGAUUCUGGGGCGAUGGGCAGUUUCACUGUCUUUGCGAUGAUGGGUUUGUUCCCAAAUCCAGGACAAAAUGUAUAUUUUAUCAUGCCUCCUUUUUUUGAAGCCGUCAGUAUAAAACACCCGGUAACAGGGAAGACUGCAACGGUACGAAAUGUCAAUUUUGACAGCAGGUAUGAGAAUAUAUACAUUCAACGAGCAAGGUUAAAUGGAAAGGAGUACACUCGGAAUUGGAUUGGACAUGAAUUCUUCCUAAACGGAGGAACGCUUGAGCUUACGCUUGGAAAGGAAGAGAGCUCUUGGGGAACCGGACAGAACGACGUGCCACCUAGCCUUGGAGCAGGCAUCGAGAGAGAUGGACUCCGGUUUACGUAG